AUAAUUUGUGAUAAAACUUGAACAAAUAUUUUAUAUAUUUUAUGAAAUAUCAUCAGUUGGAAAGCGUUAGUAUUACAUAUUAUUACGUAUUUUGUUGCAAUAUCAUAAUAUAGGCGAGCCAAGCGUAAUUUACUGACGAAUUUGAUCGCAUUUCCUGUAAUGAUCAAAUUUAAGAAUAAUUCACAUACUUUCUUAUGUACCUUAAGUGCGUGUGAUUAUUAAUCACACUCCACUUAACAAUUAGCUAUAGGAUAAAUAUAUAGCAAUCAAAGUCAAAGAUAUAGAGUAAAAUUUGUAUAUAAUGCUUUAUUUUAGAGAAAAUUGAAUUUGAAAAUUUGUCGAGUAUACUAGAGCUUGGUUAAUUACAAGGAACGCGUAUGAAGAAAUUUCAAACUAUAUUUUCAAUUUAUUUCCUCACCUUAAAAACAUCCCCUUGCCAAUUAUAUCGCGAUUGCUGCGACAUCCUCUAUAAAAAAAAAAAAGAAAGAUAUUUCAAAAAGCCAGUAAAAGUCAACAAAAAACGUUUUUAUGUUAAAACGGUAAGAAAAAGAGCACUCGUUAGAAGAGAAAAGUGACGAAAGUGAGAUGCAAGGAAAGAGAGAAAAAAGAAAUGAACGGAAUGCAAAAAUGAAGCAGAAUAUUAAAAAAAAGAAAAAGAAACGGUAAUAAGUGAAGGAUAUCAAGAACGAGGAAGAGUUGAGAAUGGAUAAGAGUGAGGGGUAGGAAGAAAGAAGGGAAAAGGGUUGGGUAGUUUGUUGAAGAGAAAUCAGUCCUGUUUUUUCCAGAGUGUGCCUUUAUCCCAGCGUUUGCGCAUUUCGUGGAGUAAAGCGCGUCGGUCGGCGGCGGUAGUUAACGAAUCCCGCGGCAGCAGUCGAUAUUCUUACACGAACCGAUUAGCCACGAAGUUUUCUCACGCAAGUACACUUGACCGCUCUGGUUGAGACGCGUCCAGACAGCAGAAUAUAAUUUAUAACUUCUCUAAAAAAAAUCAAGCAAAAAAAAAAAGCAAUAGUUUGUAAAAACGACAAGCUAAAGACAGGGAAAAGUCGAGCAAAAGAGAAAGAUAGCAUUACACGUUGAUUAGCCUGAAACGUAAAACAAUAACAGAGCGCUCCUCUCGACUCGCAGCGGAAAAUUUCAAUGGUCUCCGAUUCAUGUCGAGAGGUGGUGACAUCACAGCUUUAACAAUCGCUGUCGAAGAGGUAGCAAAAGUGGCGAUAAACCAGCAUCGAUCGCGCUGACUCGUCGCAUUCUCAGCCGGGUUCUCCUGCAAGAGGUCGGGCCCACGGGUAAAAGACGAGGACAGAGAUCAUUGGAGGAGCAAGAAGGAGAGAAAGAGUCCGGGGAAAGACAUCCAGCUGAAACGAGACAGAGAUAGAGAAAGAGCGUGCGCACCUACCUCUAGGAAGGAAAGUAGGGAAAACUUAGGGUGGGAGUUAGAGGGUAGUAGCGAGCAAAAGACGGGAGUCCAGUGGUGUAUUACCGUUGAACGACAUUAGGCAACCGGGAUAGACGAAACAAAAAUAUUCCAAGAUAAAUUCCUCUACUAAAUUAAAAUGGCGUGGGGUUACUGGAGCGCAACGUCGGUCAGCGAUCGGGGUCGGUCGCCGCGUCGCGAGAAGGAUAAACAACAGCAUCAGACGUUGCAUCAGCAGCAGCAACAACAGUAUCAUCAGCCCGAGACGGGAAUUUCACAGGGGAUAUACGGCGUGCAGCAAGUGCAAGGUGAGCUCGCUGGCUCCUCCUCUGGCCUGUCUACAGGGCCUGGUGCCGCAGUAGAGGAACCACCCUGCAGUAUGAUGAUACAGGGUGGUUCCUUCUAUUCUUACACCGCGGCCACUGCGGCCGCGGCCGCAGCUGCUGUUGGGCGGAGGAUUCCUGGCGUCGAAGGAGGACCCUCCACUUCGUCCACCGGCAUCCAAGUUCUCCCACGAGAUCGACCAAUCAAAUCUAGCAGCAGCACCUACCCACCAUCGCCCAGUAGCGACUCGGCAGAAUACGAGCAGCCUAUCGCCAGUAUGAGAACAGAAUGUUCGCCUCAUAAUAGUCCGCGUGAUGAUAUAUUUGCGCAGCCUGGCACCUCGUCGUCCAGGAUCAAGCUUCUCUGCGAUAAAGGCAUCGACGACACUUCCGACGUUGAUAUCGACGAAGUCACUGCAACAGAGAUUAUGUACGCGACUGCUAAUCGAGGUAUAGGGACUAGUACGUGUCGUGUUCACGGGCCGUGUAAUCCUCCGCCAGAUUCUGCACCGACUAUGCCGCCCUUGAUCGACGAUACAAGCGGAUCCUCGCAAUUUUGGUUCAACGACAUCACCUGGGUUUUUCCUAACGUGCCGCCUGCGCCAGGAAUGCCCUGUCAGGGAGAAGACAGAAGCAUCUACAGACGCGGCGCUCGUAGAUGGAGGAAGCUGUACCGAGUGAAUGGUCAUAUAUUUCAGGCGAAACGUUUCAAUCGGCGAGCAUUUUGCGCGUUCUGCCAGGAUCGGAUUUGGGGGCUAGGUCGGCAGGGGUUCAAAUGCAUUCAAUGCAAGCUGCUGGUACACAAGAAAUGUCACAAAGUGGUGCGCAAGCCAUGCUUGAGUGUACAGCAACAGCAACAACAGCAGAUGCCAAGCACAGACUCGCAGACGAUCGACAGGAACGGCGAUCAACAACAGCUUGAUUCUGUUCAAUGCAGCCCGGUAGCUCAUUUAGAGGAUGAGAUCUCAGAAUUGCCAAUUAUUGAGGAGCAUUCACGCAAUCGAACCGGAAGUGAAGAAAGGGAAGAAUUGCCAUUGGAUACAUUAAACGAUGCGGAUAAUUCUAAUGAUAUGCAGAGGCAAUACUCGUUAAACGAUUUCGAACUGAUUAGGGUAAUUGGUCGUGGUUCCUACGCAAAAGUUUUGAUGGUUGAAUUGAAGCGUACAAAGAGGAUUUACGCGAUGAAAGUAAUUAAGAAAGCCUUAGUAACGGAUGAUGAAGACAUCGACUGGGUUCAGACGGAGAAACACGUGUUCGAAACCGCUUCGAAUCAUCCUUUCCUUGUAGGACUUCACUCGUGCUUUCAGACGCCCUCUCGUCUGUUCUUUGUGAUCGAGUUCGUACGUGGUGGUGAUCUGAUGUUCCAUAUGCAACGACAACGCCGUCUUCCGGAAGAGCAUGCUCGAUUCUAUGCAGCUGAAAUUAGUCUCGCUUUGAAUUUUUUACAUGAGAAAGGUAUCAUAUACAGAGAUUUGAAAUUAGAUAAUGUAUUACUUGAUCACGAAGGACAUGUGAAAUUGACUGAUUACGGAAUGUGCAAGGAAGGUGUUAGAGAGGGUGACACAACCGCGACAUUCUGUGGCACUCCGAAUUACAUAGCACCUGAAAUAUUGCGGGGUGAAGAUUAUAGUUUCUCUGUAGAUUGGUGGGCACUUGGUGUACUUUUGUAUGAAAUGCUUGCAGGUCGCAGCCCGUUCGAUAUCGCGGGUGCACAAGAAAAUCCAGAUCAAAAUACUGAAGAUUAUCUAUUCCAAGUCAUUUUGCAGAAAACAAUUCGUAUACCAAGGUCAUUAUCGGUCAAAGCAGCGUCGGUGCUUAAAGGUUUCCUUUGCAAAGAUCCAACCGAGAGAUUGGGGUGUGGCAAGAGGCCGACUGGUUUCCUUGAUAUUGUUGCCCAUCCUUUCUUUAAAGCGAUAGAUUGGGAAAUGUUGGAACAGAAACAAGUAACGCCACCUUAUAAACCAAGAUUAGAUUCUGACCGUGACUUAGCGAACUUCCCACCAGAAUUUACAGAUGAACCAGUUCAUUUAACUCCAGAUGAUCCGAGAGUGAUCGACAAGAUUGAUCAAAGCGAAUUCGAAGGUUUUGAGUAUGUGAACCCGUUGCUUAUGUCUUUGGAAGACUGCGUGUGACAAGAACCGCUUAUUAUUGUGUCACGUCACACUCAAAAUCAGCAACAAUUACAGUCGUGUUACAUGUACGAAUUACAAGAUAAACUUGCAAAGCUUCGGAUCGAUCCCCUAUUGAAUAUCAGCUCAAGAAAUCGAGGU